AUGGCGGAGUUCUUGCGAUCUCAAAUCUUGGGGACUACGUUCGAGACUACCAACAGAUAUUCUGACCUCCAGCCUGUUGGACUUGGUGCAUUCGGGCUUGUCUGCUCGGCUUAUGACAUGAUUACGCGCCAGCCAGUAGCUAUCAAGAAAAUGAUGAAGCCGUUCUCCAACGCCACCCUCGCCAAACGCACCUACCGCGAAGUGAAGCUCCUGAAACACCUGCGUCAUGAAAAUCUGAUUGGCCUGAGCGACAUUUUUAUUUCACCAUUAGAGGACGUUUACCUGGUGACGGAUCUUUUGGGGACUGACCUGAACCGCCUUCUUACCUCAAAGCCUCUGGAUGGCAAAUUUGUUCAAUAUUUCACCUAUCAGCUUUUGCGAGGCCUCAAAUACAUCCACUCCGCAGGCGUGAUACACCGAGAUCUCAAACCGAGCAACAUACUGAUCAACGAAAACUGUGACUUGAAGAUCUGUGACUUUGGUCUAGCGCGACUGCAGGAGCCUCAGAUGACUGGAUAUGUUUCAACCAGAUAUUACAGGGCACCAGAAAUCAUGUUGACAUGGCAAAAAUACGGAAUGCAGGUGGAUAUCUGGAGUGCUGGCUGCAUUGUCGCAGAGAUGCUUCGCGGCAAGCCAUUGUUUCCUGGGAAGGAUCAUAUCAACCAAUUCUUCCUGAUCACAGAUGCUCUGGGGAACCCACCCGACGAGGUCAUUGAGAGGAUCUGUACAAAAACAACCCUUGACCUUGUGAAAUCACUGCCAAAGCGCCAGCCAGCUCCUUGGGCGACAUUGUUUCCAGACUCUGAUGAAAAUGCUAUUGAUCUCCUUGGAGAGAUGCUCAUAUUUGAUCCCGACAAGCGGAUCUCUGCUGCGAAAGCCUUGGAACAUCCUUACUUGAGCGUAUAUCACGAUCCCACUGAUGAGCCGGUCGCUGAACAAAUGUUCGACUGGUCUUUCAGUGAAGUGGCGCAUUCAAUCGAUGAGUGGAAAAUCAUGAUAUACACUGAAGUUGUAGACUUCCAUGAUAUUGGGCCUACCGAAGAACCAGUCAUCACAGAGCCCUUCUUGUCUCCCGAUCCGAGUCUCAGCCCUGAGGUCCUUGACCCGCUUGGCCAGAUACAAACCCAAAGCAUGGUCACUAAAUCAGCGGAGACCUUAGACCAAGAUAUUCUCCAGUACCUCCAAAUUUAG